GAUCAGUCACUUCAUAUAUCAAGUUGUUAUUGUCAAACUUGUUGUCAUUUUUAAAAUGUCUUCGUAUGUAAAACUAUCAGCAAAAAAAGGUUCACAUGACCAUGUUGACGCAUCAGAACUUUUCACUCCAAUUCAUACCCAACCAGACGAUUCUAGUCAGCUGCCUUUUCAAGAUUUCUUAGACACUGAUUUGAAUAACGAAAAAUGGGAUCUAUCACCCCGAGUAUCUGUAGGCGACAUCGAAAAAUUUAUGGAUAUUUACAGCGUUCUAUUACCGCCAAGUUUAAAAGGUCGUGAAUGGAAACCAAUCGAUGAAAUUUUUCCUAACAUAGAUUUCAUAAUCAAACACGACGACCCGUACAUAUAUCCCGAUCUAAUAACCGACAAUCAACAUAUCCUACAUUCCGAAUUUAUGAGAAGCUUUAUCUCCAGUAUCAAAACGUUAUAUUAUUUGAGCAAUGCUAAAAUGUUUCCUGUUGAAUACACGUCGCAAACUUUUUCACCGUCUUUCGAAAAAGAAAGAUGGCGUCCUUGGCAUCAUAUCUAUUCAAAUUGCAAAUCUGGAAAGAAUUACAUACAUUUGCCCACUCCCAAUAAAUCAGGAAAAUAUGUAGUGCGUUUAUUCUGGAUGGGAUCUUGGAAAAAAAUUUACAUCAGCGACAAAUUGCCAUUAAAUCUGCAAAAUCAACUGCUAUUACCGUGCGUACAUGUUAUUGAAACCGAAAACGGCAUUAAAUCCAAAAAUGAUAAAAAAGAUGUAAUAAAGAAAAAAACAAUGGAAAUAUGGCCUGUCCUGUUAGCAAAAGCUCUAAUGAUACUGGCAAGUUUAACUUGGACCCAAGAUAAUGAACUUGUAGAUUUUGAUAUCAUUCAAUGUUUAACUGGAUGGGUGUCGCAAAGAACAGAUGCAACUAGUCUCGAUCCGUUGGACGUUUGGCAAACAUGCAUGGAUCACACCUUUCAGUACAAUUGGACGCCAAACACAGAAGAAAUAAAUUAUCUAACUAACGAGAAACAUCAAUCAACAGUUGUUCUUAAAGGUGGUUUUAAAACUAUGACAAGCAAAAAGAAUCUAAAAGCAGAGCCACGACCUGCGGCCCAACAACAAAAGAAAACGUACAUGCAAGUGAAACCCAAGGAAGAGUCAAUUAACAAGAAUCGAUUUGUUGUUGUUGUGGGAAUACGUCUUGAUGUUGAUGAUUUGCAGAAUAACAUUUCAAACUGGAGUCAUGGCUUCUUGGUAACGCAAACUAGAACAGUUCCUAUCUUAAAGCCGUCAUCAGACGAAGAAUUUGAAGCAUGGAAACGAUACCGGUGGAUAGAUUGGGCAAUAGAACGUAACCUUAUAAAUCCUAGAUGCCCACCAAACCCUAUUAGAAGCUUUAAAACUGUGGAUCCUUUCAGAAAAUUGUAUCAAUAUAUGUUACCCAAGAAGGUUUCGUCGAUAUUAACAAGAGAGGAAACCAUAUCUAACACAGCAGGCAAGAAACAGAAACCAAUAAUCAAUCCAAACUUGUACAAAGAUGUAACCGACUGGUUAGACCUUGAAUAUAUCGAGAAACUCUUGAAAUACGUCAUAAUUUAUUAUAUGCCCUCCACUUACACAUCGAAGAGCAGAAUAUCGAAUUUGAGUUGCGAAAAUAUCGCCAAAGAACUAAAAUAUCCUUAUUGUAAAUCAUUAGUCGACAUAUUGGACUUAAACUGGAAAGAGAUCAUAAGACCCAUAUCUAUACAAAAUCAUAGAAAUGAACCCAUUUACAUUUUCUGCGAUUGUCUAUUUAACCAGAGCAUUGUUAUUAAUUUAAACCAAACUGGGUAUUUAGGAACCAUUACAGAACGUAUUGUAGAAAAAGUUAAUAUUCCUGAUAGUACACUGUCCGAGUGUGGAUUGUGUGCAAGCACGUUUUUGGAAAGAGUGAAGAAAUAUUACGCUAGAAGUGAAAUCAAACCAGAAGAAAGAAAAAGCAUAAUUAAGAUGAUUCGAAAUAUUAAGCAUGAUUACCCAAAAGCAUCUGUAAUAGUGUCAAAGUUUAGAUGGAACUCCAAUCGACUCGAUGAGUUUGUCACAUCAUUAACAACCUUCGGUACAGGAAGUAUUGUUCUAAAACUUCCACCGGGAAGAUAUACAUUUACCAUGUGGAUUGAAGUAGAAGGUCCUUAUUCAAUACAAAUCAUUUCUGAUAGCUGCCUUUGCGUAGGAACUCUCGAAGAAACGUUAACGUUAAUGAGUAGAGAUUCCCUUUUAUUUAGAGAAGCCUACUCUAGCAUGGUGGAAAACCUUCAAGUACUGAUCCGAGCAUUUGGAACAACGAAUUAUAUGACAGAUUUAAAUGAAUUUUACAAAUGUUUCAAACCUACCUGUAAUAUCGCUAAAAAAGAAUGGAUAGCAGUGGAAGAAAUUUUCUUUAAGGAAUUUUUUGAGGCAGUCAGUCAGGCUCUUGGAACUGAAUCUCUUAGGGUAUUAAAGAUUCUAUUCAAAAAAUGGCAGUUUUUAUCAACAAAUCGGUGCGACUUGUACGACGUUUCUCAAUUGUGUUAUCGAAUAGAAGAAGAAGAAAUGAUGUUUGUCAGAAUUAUGCACCAGUCUGCUAUAAAAAUACAAUCGUUUUUUAGAGGAGUUUACGAAAGAAUUAUGAUGAGUCACCAUGAUCCAAAUGGAAAAUUUCAUAGUAAAACAGCUGCAACGUUACUUACUGUUGGUGAUAAAUUCUUGCAGAAUGAUCAAAAACUAGGAGCAAAUAUAAUGAGAAAAUUUAUUCAAAAUCGCUCAGUUCCAGACUUACAGCACAAAUACUCUUGGUACGAGACUCUGAGCAACGAUAUUUGCACUGCUCAGUUCACUGUCUACGCAAGAGUACCGGAACCUGGCUGGAUAUUUAUCGCUAGGUAUAUCUUUUCCGUUCGCACCUCGUAUCCUUUGAACAUCCGAAUCAACAUUUUCUCCAACUUAACCCAAUACUACAUCAGGGUCUUCGACAACGAUACGUCAGAAGAAAUGAAAUGUAUUAUAAAUAAUGUUGCGGUGAACAAAUAUUCGCCAAAUAAUGGUGGCUAUACAGUCGUAGCUUAUGGAUGGGCUACCGAUCAGCUUUAUAUGAACUCAAAAAUUAUCUUUGCCUGCCCUCAGGAUGACAUUGAAAAUUUGUUGUCGUUUUCUACAAAAGCUUCUAGAAAAGACACUAUAUCACACUGUUAUAUACCUAAUACCAUGAAUCUCUUAUUCAGGUACGUCGUAGAGUUGAGAUCGGAUUACACAAUUCUAACUUUCCAUCUUUCUACGGAUUAUCCUAAAGUACAAAUGAGACUGAGUAUUUUUAAUAAAGAGUAUCCCGACAAGAAAUUAGUUGAACUUGAUGGUACUGGUUAUAUUAUAUUACCUGCAUUGGUACUCAACAACAGGAACAGGAUUUGCCAGUUUAAAUUUGUUGCUACUGAAAAGAAAUCAACUUCGAAAGUUGUCAGUGCUAAAGCAUCCCGUUCAAGGAGACUUCUAGAUAUGACAUCGGAUUCCAAGGAUAGCCCUCCAGAAAUAGUAGCCGACUCUGAUUUUUAUAUUAUCGAAGCGUUCAUUGAAAAAGACGUCUGGCCAUUAACUGCUAGCGAAUGGAGCAAUGUUGAGAAAGAAAGGGACAAGUUAAUGAUGUCUGCAGAAGGACUUGCUAUGGAUAGAUCUGACUCUUUAUCGACGCAUUCCAAUCAGCAGCUCACUUACACAAAUGAUGCUAUCGUAAAAAGUGAGAGUCCUCAUUGGACAAUGGACGUGUACUACACAGAUAGCGUCUGGUUUUACGAAGAUCCUGAAAAAAACAAACUAAUUAGAAACAUCAAAUUGUCAUGGUAUGAAGACAAACCAGACAGAAUAUCAGUGUGUCAAGAGCUAAGAAAUAUGUUUAUUGAAGAACAUUUAAUACCGAAUCCAAACGUAUGUCUAGACACCGAAAUAAGAUCGUUAGAUCAUGAAAUUUUUCUUCGAAACAUUUUACCGCCGUUUGACUUGACUCCAUUCCAUUAUACAUGUAUUGAAGAGGGACAUCCAAGGAAAAGUUCAGUCAGGAGAAGCCUAUCGUUGCCCGAAACUUGGACAGGAUUUUAUCACAUUUUAUUUAGACAUAACCAAGAUUUGAUCAAUGUAAAGAUGGCUGAAAAACAUAGAUAUAAGUUUCAUGCGGAAGAGAACACCAAACUUAUCAAGUUGAAUGAGUGGUUUGAUGAAGUGAGAAGAGAAUCUGAAUAUAUGAUGGAACUAGUUUACCGAGAACGAGAAAACUACAUAAAUGAUAUUAGGUUGCUAGUUAGGUCCAAUAAAACAAAACAGAACUCUAUCAGAAGUGAUACUGUAUAACUUCAUGUAUUUUACAAAGUUUAAAUUAAAUAAAAUGUUAUUAAAAAAG